CUGGAGACCAGUGUGGAGCACAUCCAGCAGCUGGCGGUCAAGGUCUGCAGGACGCUGAAGCUGGCGCCCCCUGAGAUCUGUCAGGAGAUCAUCCGCCUCUUUGGACAAGACCUGGUGACCGCCUGGGUCCGCUCCGUCCUGCGCCCGGCUGAGAUCUGCGGCCUGCUGGUGGGCGCCCGGUGCGGCCACUGGGACAUCUACUCCAACUGGAACGUCACCCUGCCCAAGACCCCCAAGCCUCCUGUGCGGCCCCCAGUGCCCCCUCCGCCCGGCGCCCCCACGGCCCGCCUGCUUUUCCUGACGGACCUGCACUGGGACCGGCAGUACACCCCGGGCAGCGACCCCGACUGCAGAGACCCCCUCUGCUGCCGUGGGGGGGAGCCGCAGGGCCCCGGGGCCGGCUACUGGGGCUCCUACAGCAAAUGCGACCUGCCCCUCCACACCCUGGAGAACCUGCUGCAGCACUUGGCCUCCACGGGGCCCUUCGAUGCCGCUUACUGGACGGGCGACAUCCCGGCUCACAACGUCUGGCAGCAGACGCGCCAGGACCAGCUGCACGCCCUCACCACCGUCACCAGCCUCAUCCAGAAGUACCUGGGGCCGCUGCCCGUCUACCCGGCGGUGGGCAACCACGAGUCGGUGCCCGUCAAUGCCUUCCCCCCGCCCAACAUGCCUGGAAACCAGUCCUCCGCCUGGCUGUACGACGCCAUGGCCGACGCCUGGCAGCAGUGGCUGCCCCCCGAAGCCCUGCAGACCCUGAGGCUGGGGGGCUUCUAUACCCUCCCCAUCUGGCGGGGCCUCCGCCUGGUUUCCCUCAACAUGAACUUCUGCUCCGAGGCCAACUUCUGGCUCCUGAUCAACUCCACCGACCCGGCCGGGCAGCUCCAGUGGCUGGUGGGGGUCCUGCAGAGGGCGGAGGAGAGUGGGGAGAAGGUCCACAUCAUUGGCCACAUCCCUCCCUCCCAUUGCCUGCGGAGCUGGGGCUGGAAUUACUACCACAUCAUCAACAGGUUUGAGGGCACUGUAGCCGGGCAGUUCUUUGGCCACACCCACCUGGACGCCUUUGAGAUGUUCUACGACGAGGAGACCGUUUCCCGUCCGGUGGGCAUCGCCUUCCUGGCUCCCAGCGUUACUACCUACAUCAGCCUCAACCCAGGGUACCGGAUCUACCACGUGGACGGGAUCCGCUCUGGCAGCUCCCACAUGGUCCUUGACCACGAGACCUUCAUCCUGAACCUGACGCAGGCGAACCAGCCCGGGGCCGUGGCUCAGUGGCAGCGCCUCUACGGGGCUCGGGAGACUUACGGGCUGCCCGUGGCCUUCCCGCAGGACUGGAACCAGCUCCUCGACCGCCUGCAGGCCGACGAGCGGCUCUUCCAGCACUUCUGGUACCUGCGGUUCAAGGGCCACCCGCCUGCCCAGCCCUGCGGGGACGCCUGCAAGAAGGCCACGCUCUGCGCGCUCCGCACCGGCCGGGCAGCCGAUCCCAAACUCUGCCAGACCCUCAAGCUGCCCUUCCCGGAAAUCCAGGCCUGGUGGCGGCAACAGCGGUUCUGCUAGCAGUGGCCCUGCUCUCUGGCAGGCUCUGUGGGCAUGGGCCCCUUCGCUCCGGCGCUCCCUUGGGCUCGAGUUCCAGAGAAGCCCCACAGCCCUCCACACCGCACCCCCCAGAUGCAGAGAAGGCCCCAAGACUCUGAAGAGACGGAGGGGGGGCAGGCUGCCCUGUGCCUCUGCCGCUGCCCCCCAUUGCUUGGCAGCUUCUCCUCCUCCGCCCCUGCUCCACCACCACCACCCCCCUCUUGGAGGGGGCAUGGAAAGCAGGCCUGCAAGACAUGCCCCCCCCCCUGCUGCCCCCAUGUAUGAAGUGCCAUCCGCAGAGGAGGAGCAGAGGCCCGGACGGCUGGGGGGGCCCUUGCCAGGACUCCUCUGCAGGGCUGCUCUGGCGCCAGGCAAAAGCGGGCAGGGUCCCUUCUCAGACUCUUCAGCCCAGCCUCUGCCAGCAGGGGAGGGGGCGCCCCCUUCUCUUCAGUUCCUCCUUCCCCCGGCAAUAAAUGGCUUCCUCCACUG